CUGAGACCGUCGGCUAGCCUCGGGCAUACAUGACGUCCUUGCUGCUGCUGCUGCCUGUCGCCUCUACCAGACCGACCGACUCGCUCAGCGGUUGGCUGCACGGCACUCACUUCCGUCAGGACGCCCUCACGAUCGAGAUCUUUGCGCGUGACGAAGCGGUGCUGUCGGUGCCGCCGCCUGCUGCACCGCCUGCUGCAAGCACGAGCAACGAGGCCGAGGCCGUUGAGCGCGGCAUCCCUUGGCCGUGGGGAGGCGGCUCGAGCGGGCCCGCGGCGCCUCCACCGCCUCCCUCGCCGCCGUGGGCCGUGUCGGUCUCCAUCCACGGCCUCGACUGCCACGGCAUCUCUGUCGAGGGCCUCUCCUCCUCGGUGUCGGACACCACGCCGCCCACCCUCUCGCUCUCGCUCGGCAGCGCCGGCUUCAGCUGCUUUGUCGAGCGGCUGGACGUGCAGCACGGCGGCGCCGGCGCCGGCGCCGCCGGCCCAGUCGUGCCGAUCCGGCUCAGCGACCACACAGUCUCCAUCCUCGGGCAGCUGACGGCGCUCACUCCGCUCUCGAGGGUCGGCAUCUCCGGCGCGGGCGUCUCCGCCGACUUUGCGGUGACGCUGACUCCCACCGGUGCGAGCGGCUUGCCCGCCGCCCUCCGGCUCGACCGCUCGAGCGUCUCGAUCCCGACGGGAGGGCUCGCGGUCGACGUCGAGAGCACGGGAGGCCUCGGCGACGUCAUGCUCGAGGGCGUCGCCUCGCUCGUCAGCGGCCUCCUCUCGACGCUCAUCGCCUCGCGGGUCACGGCCGAGCUCGAGCUCGCCGUCGCCCUCGACAUCAACCCCGCCCUCGCCGCCCUCGAGCACGAGGCGCCCGAGCUGCCUCCGCCGUCUCGAGCGGCGAAGCGCGGGUCGCAGAGCGGAAGCGGUUGCCGUAGGCGGCAGAGCCUCGUGCUGCUGCGGGCCGGCGCCCCGGUCGGCGACGGCGACGGCGUGCUUGAGGCCGCAAUCUCCGGCACGGUGCGCGACGUCUUCUCGUUUGCGGUCCGCUCGGCGGACCGUGGCGCCGUCUCCCGUUCGGUGGAGCAGCUCUCGAGUCGGCUGCUGCGGCACGAGAUCGGCCGCCUGCUCGGCGAGCUCAACGGCACGGAGUGCGCCGACGCGCCGCUGCCCGACCCGCCGCCCGGCGGCGCGGCCGCCUCCGCGGCGGCUCCCUCCCUAGCAGGUGGAGGGUGUGCGGGCGAGGCAGCGGCGGAGGCGCUGAGGGAGGCGGGCGAGGCGGAGGGGGCUUUCCCCGAGGCGCGAGCGAAGCAGCGCCGCAAGUGGGCCACCCUCGCCAACCGGGUGGUGCGCGCAGCGGGGCUCGAGGGGCUGGACUUGCCGGGAGAGGUCGCCGCCGUCACCGUGGUUGCGCCGCUGGCGAAGCCGACGCCAGUCGGCAUUGGCGUGGGCGACGUGAGCUUGAGCGGCCUCGACACGGCCGAGGAGUUGGGGCUGACCGUCGCUGAGUGCGGUGAGGGCGGCGGCGGCGGCGACAACGCCGGCGGCGGCGCGACUGUUGCCGGUGAGCGCGGGAGCUUCGCCGCAGCGAGGCCGUUCGAGCUCGGGAUGACGCUCCGCGUCUCUCUCCUCGGCGCGACGCUGCGUUGGCGCGCGAACUUCACUGCGAGCGCCCUCUCCGCGGCCGCAGCAGAGGCCGUCGCCUUCUCCGCGAGACAGCUGGAGAGGCUUUCGCUAGCCGACUUGGCGUCGCCGUGCGCGCUGUCUCCUCUCCACGGGCUGCGGCUUGACGCCCUCGGCGCAAGCGCGGAGACCUUCCAGCUUUCAUUGACGCCUCUCCCCGACGGUGGCGCCGACGGCGGCGUGGGCGGCGGCGCCACUUCGACGCUCUCCACAGCCUUCCUCGGGCAGUUGCUGGGCGCCGUUAAGCCCGGCACGGUCGAGGCGGUGAACGAGGCGGCGAGCGGGCUGCUCGGCAGCGCGCACCGUGCGUGCGCCAGCGGCGACUGGCCGCCGUCUCCCCCGGAGUCGCAGGAGGAGGGGAUGCCGGAGCUGGCGGUGCUGUGUGGCAUCUACGGCACCGCCCUGGCGAUCAUCGGGCUUGUCGUGUGCGUGCACGUCUGUGGCUCGCCGCGCAGCGCGCUCCCGAUCGGCGACGAGGAGAGCGCGGCGGAGGACGCAGCCAUCGUCGACUACUACCCGCUCUGGUACGGCCGGCUGCUGAGCGGGCUGCUGCUGCUCAACAUCGGCCUCUUCCUGCUCGCGAACUCGCCCCUCGUCGUGGGGGCUCUGGUGCGGGCGAACGUCUCCGUCGCCGGCGCGCCGCUGCCGCCGCUCAACUCGUUCCAGUUCACGCUCGCCGAGUCGGUGAUCCGGUUCUGGCGGACGGGCGGGAUGGGGUUCCUCCUCUCGUCGCUCAUCGCCGUCUACUCGGGCGUCUGGCCGUACGUCAAGCUCUCGCUCACCCUCUUCUGCCUCUGGGCGCCGCCGCGCGUGCUGCCCGAGCGGCGGCGCAACGCGAUGCUAGGCGUCUUCGAGGCGAUGGGCAAGUGGUCGCUGAUCGACUCGCUGAUGAUAUUUAUUUUGAUGGCGGCCAUGAAGAUGGACUUUGACAUCCCUCCCGCCGACGGCGCCGCCAACGCGACUGCCGCCGCGCACGCUGCGGGCGCCGCCCCGCCGGUCGCCUCGGUGUCGGUGGAGGUGAUGCCGACGGGAGGCAUCACCCUCUUCACGCUCGGAGUCGUCCUCUCCCUCGUCCUGACCGCUGCAGUCGUGCACAUGCACAAGACGCUCCGCCUGCCCCACCACCACCCCUGCGAGGCCACCGAGCCAGGCGCGAGCGGCGGGCCGCGCUGCGAGGGCGAUGAGUUCCUCGUAAGAGCGCGCCACGCUCUCGCCGUCGGCGUUGGCGAGGCAGACGGCGACGCCGCUGAUAACGAGCGCCUAAAGUAUGCGUCGGCGGCUCUUCCGCUGGGCCACCGAUCAAGCCUGUCGCGCGUCCUGUGCACCGUCGCGGCGAGGUCUCGCGGCGCGACUGCGUCGCCGUGUAGCGGGGAGGCAAGGAGGAGGUUGAUGACGAGGGAGAAAGAGCCAAAGGGCGCGAGGAGGGACUGGGCGGCGAAGGAGUAG